AUGACCUCCUCCCUUCCCCAGAUCCCUGCUUUGGACGACACAUUCGGCGCCUUGGUAAUUGGCACCUUCCUCGGCCUUAUCCUGUAUGGGAUCUCGCUCAAUCAGAUAUACGCAUACUUCGGCUCCUAUGCGAACGACAAGCUUGGGCUGAAGCUCCUAGUGGCAACGAUUCUUGUGCUCGAGACCUUGUACACGAUCACCACAGCGCACAUAUGCUACCACUACCUGAUCAUCAAUUACUUCAACCCCGCGAACCUCGUUGUCAGUGUUUGGUCCCUCAAUCUGAUUCCCGUAGAAACUGGCCUGUUGGCGUUCGUGACACAAUGCUUCUACGCCCGGCGGCUGUUCCUGGUCGGCCGACAGUAUUGGCCCAUAGUCCUCAUCGUGAUCGCGAUCUUGCUUGUCGAGCUAGGCUUCUAUACAGCUGCCACCUAUAUCGCCUGGACGUCGGGAUCAUUCGCGAUUUUGACCGACAUUGAGUGGAUGCUCACAUGUGGUACCUCGUUAGCCUUGGCGGCCGAUACUAUCCUCGCGGGCAUGCUGGUGAAGGUGCUACGAGACAGCCGCACUGGAAUCACCAAGACUGACACGAUGCUGAACGUGAUCAUCAUGUACACCGUGAACACCGGCUUGCUGACCAGCAUCUUCGCACUCGUCUCUGUGGUCUUGGCGGUCAAGUACCCACACAACCUGUGGAACGCCAUAACCGGGUUCCCCAACAUCCGGCUCUACUCCAACUGUAUGCUCGCCGCCCUGAAUGCGAGAAAGUCGCUCGUCGAGCGCGGGAUGGGUGUACACACGUCGAUCAGCGGCGCCCCGUCGCAGCCCUCCAUAUCACUUCGGGUAUUCUCCUUCCAGAGGCGCGCCGUCGAGACGAAGAACGUCGAUUCCAGCAACGGAGCUCAGCAAACCCAGGACGACGUCUUUCGCAACCGCUCCCUCCCGGCAUUCAGUGCUGUCAAGUAUGACCACUGA